AUGACUCGGAAACGCAAGUACAACACAACUGAGCAGUCCCAUCAAGCUCGUUUAAAAUCCAAGAAAAAACACUACGCCAGGCAAGUCAAGAAUCGGCAGCAAGAACGUGUCAAAUCCCGCACUCGCUGGCGUCGCCGGGGUGGAGCUUCAGAUGAGACACUCGCACUCCUUAAUCAUCUGGACGAUAUCUGGUUCAAUGCUGGUUAUGAACCAGGUUCCAAUCUGUAUCAACGAUUGGAGUCUGAAGGAUUGAAUGCUGUCUGUGCUGCUGAUCGUGAAGGAUGGGAUUCACUGAAGCCAGAAUACGAGAACGACGUUCGCGAGGUACGCAAACUCUUGGAGCAAGCACAUGGGUUAUCCACGUCAGCCGGAAGCUUAGAGGGUCCUUAUACCGAGCAACUACGAGUGGGGGCAUCCCUCAUGGGAAAAAGACGCCGUGAGCUAGACAAGCUUACGCGUGACUGGUAUGUUCUCAAUGCAAAAAAGCACGCAGCUCAGCAGCGAAUGCAAAACACUACUCAGGCUGAGGAUCCAGAAAACAGUCAGGUCUCAACUCACAAACAUCGAUCUUACACUUUGAAGGGACCGGCACAGGUCUCGACUCAGACAGAGUACUUUGGUGCUCCAAGAGGCUCUCACACUGCGCCACCACCAUCUGCUUUCCAUACUUCUGAUACUGUCGCCUUCGAUUACGAGGCUCUUCUGGACUCUAACGAAGACCACGUCUACAACGAACACUUGGCUGAAACAUCACUCGAAGUGAAAGUUUCACGGGGGAAUCGAAAUUUAGGAGAUAACCCAUUGUUGACUUGGAUGGAUGAUCGGGACCAUUUUCUUUUAGAACUCCUCCGUCUGGAGGGUCGCGGCGAUUUUUUACAUCAGGAAGCAUGUCGAGGUUCUGCAGGAUGCAUGAAUGCCCCUGAAUUUCGAUGUGAAGAGUGUCUUGGUACUGAGCUCUAUUGCAAGGCGUGCACGGUAGAAAGGCAUAUAGAAAAUCCAACCCACAGAAUUGAGUACUGGAACAGCCAACAUUUCGAAGACACUAACCUGCGGGAUCUUGGGCUGCAAGUUCAACUCGGACACCCCCCUGGUGAACGUUGUUGCAACCUGUCAUUGGUUCAUAAUGACUUCGUGGUCCUCGAUAUCAACGGAGUGCACAAUAUUACACUCCACUUCUGCGAGUGUCAAACAGCUCAAUCUCGUACGACACAACUCCUUCGCAUGUGUUGGUUCCCAGCAACUACACUGGAUCCGAAGACUACCGCAACAUUUCGACUUCUCCACCACUUCCAUGUUCUUUCGUUUGAAUCGAAGGCCUCCACUUUCGAGUACUGGCAGACACUCGCACGCUUGACCAACAACACAGGCGUUAACCCACCAAAGGAUCGCUAUAACGCUCUCUUACGGAUGGUAAAGGAAUGGCGAAACCUCACCUUACUCAAGCGUUCAGGACGGGGCCAUGACCCUGGUGGGGUUGCGGCGACACAACAUGGUGCUUGUGCAGUACUGUGUCCUGCCUGCCCCCAUCCGGGCAAGAAUAUUCCAAAUGGCUGGGAAGAUACACCGUUUGAGGAAAGGUAUGCCGACCCUGGUCUUAACAAAGGUUGGGCGUACUUCGUCGAAGAGGGGGCAUUCAAGAAGUUUCUCCAUGACACUGGAAAGCAGCCGCAAGAGAAAAGUAGUUGUGCGAGCCACAACGCUGUAAACUUGGCCGAGACUAAAAACUCUCGCGGUUUGGCAGCAACAGGGGCCGGCACGGUCGAUUGUUCACGCCACAACAUGAAGUGUCCUUGCGGUGUCGGCGAUCUCCAGAAGGGCGAGCGAUACAUCAAUAUGGACUACCUAUUCUUCUCUACCUUGCAAUACUCGAAGGAUGUAGUCACGCUCAACGUGUCCUACGAUAUAGCGUGCCAAUGGAGCAAGAACAUAUGGGAUCGUAUGGCUACAUACCCAUGUCAAAUGCACGUGGAACGCAGCACGAAAGAGUUUGUGUUCCUCGUUCCGAAAUUCCAUCUUCCCGCACACGUUGCAUUCUGCCAAGUAACCUAUUCACACAACCUUAUCAAAGGGAUGGGUCGGACUGACGGGGAGGCACCGGAGCGCGGGUGGGCGAAUAUAAAUCCUGUAGCAACGAGCACUCGGGAGAUGGGCCCUGGCUCACGCCGCGACACCCUCGAUGAUCAUUUCGGAGAUUUUAACUGGAAGAAAGUGACCAACUUUCACAUCAGUCUAUUCCGAAAGCUCGUAGCGGCCAUACCUCAACGUGAUCAGCACCUCAUUGACUUCAACGAUUUCAAUGACACAUUGGUUGCCGAACGACCAGAGGAAGUCGCUCGGUGGAAGCAGGCUAUCGAAGGCUGGGAAGCCGAUAGAUCACAGACGAAUCCCUUCGAGGUUACAACUACAACCAUGUCUCUCGCAGCGGUACGACUGCGUCUCUCGCAGAAGGAGGCAGAAGAUUUAGAACAUGGCCUCAACUACUCGCUGCAUACCGAGGUAUCCCCAAGCGUUCUCGUGUCAUCGGGUAUUGAAAUCGAGGACCAUCAACGCCGGCUGGAAAGAGAGUAUGCUGCCUUGGGAGCUCACGCAACGGACCUUCAACUUACGAAAUUGCAAGAACGAAGCAACGCACUACAACGCAAAAUCGAGCAAUGGUGCAAGGUCCAGGUAUUAUACAUGCCUACAGUCGUCCGUGUUCGCGCAUCCGAUACAGCUAGUACCGUAAGCUCAUGGGAAGAAAAACCCUACGAGGUCAAACUGUGGUUACCGUCCCAACUCAAAAGGGCUUCAAACGAAUUCUGCGAGGAGCGUCUGUGCAGAUAUGAAUGGGAGCUGCGACAGGCACAAGCAUUUGAUGCUCUCGAUGAUCUCCGUCGACACCUCCGACUGCGCAGCCACUUAUUCAAGUUCAAAGACAAUCAAUUGCGUGGCCAGCGGGCGAAUACACGUGCAGCGGGAGUUCUCGCUAAGGUGGAUCUUAGCAUCAAGACAGAUGCAGAACGGUACCGUAGGGCCUGGACUGCUCUAGUUAUCCUGGGCGACAUUUUGCAGGAACAUAGCUGGCGAGAUGAUCUACUAAAGCUAGAACCUGAGCACGUUCGGGGAAUGUCUGAUGGCCACAUAGGCCAAUCCGAAGGUAAUCGAACUUUAUCGUGGAUUUGGAAGGCACGUGGCGUCACUACUGGAGACAGGGAAGGAGAGACUGUUCUUGCUGAAGCGCUACGUGUAGAGUGGUGUAAAUCUCGGGCACGCUCACACCGUUGGACAGAAGAAGUCGAGCUUCUCCAGGAGGAGAUGCGGCGCGUGUGCACAUUCUUCGACUGGCAUGCGGCAUGGUGGAUGGAUCAGGCAAACCGGAGGACUGGGUUGGACGCUGCAGAGUUAGAAGGCCUUGCAGCGUAUGCAAGGCGCCAGGCGGUCCUUCGGAUCAUGAUGCGGGACAACUGUCUAAGAAAAUGGCGUGCAGUUCCUGCGGCAAGCUUACCCCCAGCAGUGGCUGCGCCCUGA